AUGGUUGCAGGUGGCGUUAAAGAGAAAACAGAUUGGUUAGAUGAUGGUGAUUAUAAUGUUAGUACAGAGAAAACAGAUUGGUUAGAUAGUGGUGAUUGUAACGGUAAUAUAGAGAAAACAGAUUGGUUAGAUGGUGGUGAUUGUAAUGGUAGUACAGAGAAAACAGAUCAGUUAGAUGAUGGUGAUUAUAAUGUUAGUACAGAGAAAACAGAUUGGUUAGAUAGUGGUAAUUGUAACGGUAGUAUAGAGAAAACAGAGUGGUUAGAUAGUGGUGAUUGUAAUGGUAGUAUAGAGAAAACAGAUUGGUUAGAUGGUGGUGAUUGUAAUGGUAGUACAGAGAAAACAGAUCAGUUAGAUGAUGGUGAUUAUAAUGUUAGUACAGAGAAAACAGAUUGGUUAGAUAGUGGUGAUUGUAAUGGUAGUAUAUAG